AGAGCUUGGUGCUGAAAGGUUCGUGACGAUCAAAGAUGGCUGCGCCCAUGUAGCCGGGAGCGGAGCGGGCGUUGACCUUACUCGUUCCCUCCUGUGCCCUGCGCCCUGGGCUGGGCACGAGGACCAUGCUGGGCCGGACCCUCCGAGAGGUUUCUACAGCACUGAAACAAGGACAAAUUACUCCAACAGAGCUCUGUCAAAAAUGCCUCUCCCUUAUCAAGAAGACCAAGUUCCUAAAUGCUUAUAUUACUGUAUCAGAAGAGGUAGCCUUAAAGCAAGCUGAAGAAUCAGAGAAAAGAUAUAAGAAAGGUCACUCGCUUGGGGAUUUAGAUGGAAUUCCUGUCGCUGUAAAAGACAACUUCAGCACGUCUGGCAUCGAGACAACAUGCGCAUCAAACAUGCUGAAAGGUUAUGUGCCACCUUAUAAUGCUACAGUAGUUCAGAAGUUGUUGGACCAGGGAGCGCUAUUACUGGGAAAAACAAAUUUAGAUGAGUUUGCUAUGGGAUCUGGAAGCACCGAUGGUGUAUUCGGACCAGUCAAAAACCCCUGGAGUUAUUCAAGACAAUACAGAGAACAGAGGAGGCCGAAGUCCCGCGGCGAGAACGAGCGCGCAAACUGGCUCAUAACUGGAGGCAGCUCGGGAGGGAGCGCAGCGGCCGUGUCCGCGCUCACGUGCUUUGCAGCUUUAGGAUCGGAUACAGGGGGAUCCACCCGGAAUCCAGCUGCGCACUGCGGGGUCGUUGGUCUGAAACCGAGCUAUGGCUUAGUUUCUCGUCACGGUCUCAUUCCCCUGGUGAAUUCAAUGGAUGUGCCGGGAAUCCUAACCAGAUGUGUGGAGGAUGCAGCAAUUGUGUUGGGUGUACUGGCUGGGCAUGACCCCAAGGAUUCUACCACAGUACAAGAUCCUGUUAAACCAUUUAUGCUUCCCAGUUUGACGGAUGUGAGCAAACUGUGUAUAGGAAUCCCAAAGGAAUAUUUCACACCAGAAUUAUCAAGUGAGGUACAGUCUCUCUGGACCAGAGCUGCCGGCCUCUUUGAGUCCGCGGGGGCCGAGGUCAGGGAGGUGUCCUUGCCCCACACCAGUUACUCCAUUGUCUGCUACCAUGUAUUGUGUACCUCGGAAGUGGCAUCGAACAUGGCGAGAUUUGAUGGGCUAGAAUAUGGCUGCAGGUGUGAUGCAGACGUGUCUACUGAAGCCAUGUAUGCUGCAACCCGACGGGAAGGGCUUAAUGCUGUGGUGAGGGGAAGGAUUCUCACAGGAAACUUUUUCUUACUGAAAGAAAAUUAUGAGAGUUAUUUCAUCAAAGCACAGAAAGUGAGACGACUCAUUGCUAAUGAUUUCUUGAAUGUCUUUAACUCUGGAGUGGACGUCUUGCUAACUCCCACCACCUUGAGUGAGGCCACCCCGUAUGAGGAGUUCAUCCAAGAAGACAAUCGGACACGGAGUGUCCAGGAUGACAUUUUUACCCAGGCUGUAAAUAUGGCAGGGUUGCCGGCAGUGAGUGUCCCUGUGGCCCUCUCCAGCCAAGGAUUGCCGAAUUGGCUGGCACAGGGUUCAAAGGCCCCCGUGUUCUGCCCAUCAGAUGAAGAGCAGGACCAACGUGUCAACGAAGCCUCCCACAGGGGACCUGAAGUGGCCGACAGACACAUGAACAGAUGCUCCACGUGGCUGAUCAUCAGGGAAAUGCAGAUCAAAACCACAGUGACGUAUCACCUCUCACGUGUCAGAAUGGCCACUAUCCAGACGACAAGAAAUAACAAGUGUUGGUGUGGAAUUGAUGAGUCAUUCGGCAAUCCUGUGAUUACCUUUGAGGAACUGCCAAACUGUUUUCCAAAGCGACGGCACCAUCCCACCUUCCCGCCAGCAGUGUAGGAGGGUUCCAGUUUCUCCACAGCCUCGCCAGCGGUCGUCAUUGUCCAUCCGAGUGUGAAGUGGUAUCUCACUGUGGUUUUGAUUUGUGUUUCCCCAAUGACUAAUGGUAUCAAGUAUAUUUUCAUGUGUUUGCUGGAA